AUGUCGAGCACACAACGAGAAUACGAUGUCGUCGUGCUUGGAGCUACGGGUGAGUGCACGUGAACAGCGAUGCGAUGCGAUGCGAUGCGAUGCGAUGCGAUGCGAUGUAUGCUAUGCUGUGCACGCGCUCUGACACAGCGCCCCUGUCCUGUCCUCUUCAUCCUCGCAGGCUUUACGGGAAGCUUGGUGGCCGAGUAUCUCGCGCGUCAUCCCACCCAUCCACGUUGGGGCAUCGCCGGUCGCUCUGCCGCUCGUCUAGACGCUCUGCGCAAAAAGCUAGACUUGCCCACCUCUGUCGGCAUCCUCAGCGCCGACACGACCAACAUUGCCAGCUUGCAAGAAGUGGCAAAGAAGACCAAAGUGUUGGCCAACAUUGCAGGACCAUUCAGAAAGACGAAUGGUUACGAGGUGGCAAAGGCUUGCGCAAGUGUGGGAACGCACUACACUGACCUCAGCGGAGAGUCUGGAUUCAAUGCCUCUCUCCUCGAGUGAGUGGGCCAGGCGAGGCGAGCAGUCCUGCGGCAUGGCAUGGCGUGGCAUGGCAUGGCAGACACUCACCCGCCCUGCCUCCAUGCGCUCUCCUCUCCUCUCCUCCGCACACCAGACUCGGACCGCUGGCCGCUUCGACGGGGAGCAUCCUGGUGCCCUCUUCAGGCUUCGACUCGCUGCCCCUGGAUCUGUCAGCCUACUUUGCAGCUCAGCACCUCAAAAAGAGUCAAGGCGUAUCCCAUGUCGACACUACUCGCACAGCAGUGCGUCUGGAUGGAGGCUUCUCCACCGGAACCAUCUUGUCGGCUGUGGAUGCUGCGGAAAUCGAUGGCGGGCAGUUGCAAUUCGAGCAGCCCGAUCAGCUCAGUCCUGGUGAGUGCGUGGAUGGAGGGCGUGAAUGGAAUGCGUGGAUGGAGUGCGUGGAUGGGAGGAAGAAUGUGCAGGAGCUUAUGCUUUCAGGUCAUCAGUGCCCGAGUCGCUGCUGCUGCUGCUGCUGCUGACAUCUUGCGAGCUUCGCCUUGCCGCUUUGCCGCUUUGCCUGCAGUCAAAGGAACGCACAUCAUGCCGUUCGAUGUGGCCCUCAGGCUGCCGCAGUUUGGACCGAACGUGUACGGAUCUUGGUUCCCCUUGACGCCUCACAAUCAUCGCGUCAUCAAUCAAACUUGGGGUCUGCUGCAAGUGCACUCGCAAGCUGAAGCGUACGGACAAGACUUUGCCUACCACGAAGCCAGCCUGCUCUUCCCUCCCAAACGCGUGCCCUGGCCUCUAAGCUAUCUCUUGACCAGCUUCUUGAGCCUGUUCUUUGUCGCUCAGAUCAAAGCUCUCAUCUGGCUCGCUCCCGUCAGGUGGGCUCUGAGGACAUUUUUGCCACAAAAUGGAGGUCCUUCCAAAAAGGGCUUUGCGGAUGUGCGGGCCUUGGCCACUGGAAAGGACAAGCAGGGCAAUGUAAAGCAGAGCAUCUGCAAGAUCUUUGUCCAAGACAGUCCAGGUGAGUGGCAGGCAUCUCUCUCCAAGCUGCUCGUGCAGGGAAGCCAUCGACGACUCAACGACUUGCGCGCCACUUGACUUUAUCGCUUCAGGCUACCACGCAACAGCCCGCAUGAUCAGCGAAACUGCUCUUCACCUCGCCUCCACCUCGAGCGCAACCACAAAGGAGAGCUCCAUCGGCGGCCUGCGCGCCAACAACUUCAAGGGCGGCAUCCUGACCACGGCGACGAUCGGAGCUGAAGCGCUAAGGGACCGCCUCACCCAGUAUGCGGGGAUGACCUUUGAUGUUGGAACAUUUGAUCAGCGUAAAGUUGAUGCCGUCGCGGUCAAGAGCAGGGGCAAGGAUCUCUAG